GUCUGGUCAGUUGUGAUUGAAAUAACUUGAAAGUAGAUUACUGAGUAGCUCGGAAUAGAAUGGAAACUUGGUGGACGUGAAAGUUUUCUGAGAAGUGCAGUCAUCAGAAUGAGUAGAGCGUUAAGCAAAUAUCGUGGAACUCUUGUUGGAGCAUUGGUCGGAGAUUGCCUUGGUUCUAAGUACGAAGGCGUGUCGGGUAUCAUUCCUUGGGGAGAGGUCACCGACUACACUAUGACAAGAAUCAAAGACAACAAAGAGAGUAUUCCUUAUACGGACGAUUCAGCGAUGACUCGAGCUAUUUGCAAGUCUCUUACAGAACAACAGAAAUACGAUAACCGCAAUAUGGCCAAGGCAUUUGUGGAGGAGUUCUUUAGAGAUCCCGACCGUGGAUACGGGAGUGCUGUGGGGAGAGUGUUCGAGCGUUUACGGGACGAGGAUCCCGAGGAUGUAACCUCUCCUGCCCGCAGCCAGUUUGAUGGACAGGGCUCGUAUGGUAAUGGUGCAGCUAUGAGGAUUUCACCUCUUGCACUUUUUAGUCGAACUUCUAAGGAACUUCAAGAGGUAAGAUGUAAGAUGACUGGCUGAUUAUAAACAAUUAUUUACACGUUACAAUAACAAGAGCGUUAACAACGGUGGUUGGGGAUCCGGGGGGGCACUCCCCUAUGAAAGUGAUGAGGGCUUGUCGGAAAAUUUCGAGAACACCCGUAAAAGGUAGAAGAAUCUUGUGUUAUGGGCAUGUCCCUAAUAAAUUUCCACCCCUGAGAGGUACCAAUUCAACAAUAACAAAUUAUAUAACUGGCACUGCGAAUUUAUAUAGUAAUGUUCAAACAGUUUCUUCUCAAGGAUUUUUUGAAAGUAUUGUCAUAAAUCUUACUGAGACAACUCUGGCAGCAAUGAUUUUAGGUUUCGGCACCCUAAGCGGCACCAACCCACAAAUUUAAACCUCUGAAAGGUAUGACGAGCACCCACGUCACUUUUAUAGGGGAGUGCCCCCUCCCCCCUGCAUUGGGGAUUAUCUAAAGUUGUCAGACCACACCUUGGAUGUGUCCUCCUCUUCGAUCCUCGCAAGGGAGGAGGACAAGUUCAAGAGAAGAGUUAGGGAGGCCAUCGAAAUAUUUUGUCAGGAUCCAACUUUGAACAGAGUCUACUCUGGUCCAAGCUCUCCCCGAUCUAUUGAGACCUUUUGUUAUGUGAUUCACAGUGUAAAUCAGGUGACAAAACACCCAAAUCCAUCACUUGAAAAAGGUUCUGCGAUGGAAUUGAAUGCCUGUGUGUAAAAAGUUUUUCCUAUCUUGUAAAUCGAAUUGUUGCUUAAUGUUGUUUAUUAUUUAUGAGGUUUUUGUGAAAUCAGAAAUAACCAAGGUUGUGGCAAGUGUUAUCAGCCUCAGCUGAAAACACUUACCAAGACCUUGAUUAUUCUGGAUAUUACAAAAAACAAAUCUAAACAGGGCUCUGCUCUAGCAGAGCCCUGUAGCCUCUGGCACCUAACUUUUGCCCUUGGGCAACUAGAACAUCUUAACUUUUUCAUACAAAUCAUAAUCUGGGCACCCUAGAUUUUACAGGUUCAGAGCACCGGGCUUCCUUCAAUUUUCCUUAAAGCAAAUCCUUGCUAAAAAUUGUUUUGUUAUACCUUGUUUUGAAGAAAGUAGCGACAAACACACUGUUGCAUGGAACACAGUUUGACAUUACUCUUGAAAGUCAUGUUUUGCCAGUGUAGAUCUAAUCUGUAGGUUGUACUGAUUUCCAAAAUUAUAAUGUGGGCUCUGAGCCAAUGAGAAGACAGAUUAUGAGUAGCAUGUCAUAAUUUGCAUUGAAGGACAGAAUGUAACGGCAGAUUCUUAAGGGUCUGGUAAGGAAAAAUUAAAGGACCACAAUCUUUGAACGAACUUUGGUGAUUGUCUGGGAGAUUUCAUUCUCUUUUUAAAUAUGGAGACUGGGAGAUAACGGUCCAAAAUCUGGAGUCUCCCCGGUCCGGGAGAGUUGACAUCACUGAAUGUUGAGGGUUCAUGGAGCCAAGCAGCAAUCAGGCAUGGCCAAGGGAGGUAUCCAUAGCAACUCAGGCAGUGUGGCCAAGUGGUUAGCAUGUUGCACUCGCAAUCCGGCGGUCCCGGGUUCAAGUCCCACUCUGGCCACUGAAUUUGUUCUCAGUCUUCCCGAGUUCAAAUCCUUGGCCAGGCUUGUAAAUAGUCAACUAGCUGCUUCCUGCCAGUUGGGGUUUUAAAUCCUGUUAUGUUGUAUUUGAAUUAUUUGUUUUCUAAGUAUUCACUGAUUGUAAAGUGCUUUGGAUCACUAAGAGAAAGGUGCUAUAUUUAACAAUCAUUCGCCGAAGGCGAAGUUAAUAUUGUUGAAUACUCCCCAAGAGAAAGUUGAGGGGAUUAGUCACCCCUCCUCCUCCAAACAAAAUAUCAACUGAGCGAGGACGGGUUUUCUUGAAGAAAUUGUUUUAGUAUAAUCAUGCAAAAUAAACAAAGUGAUUUCAACAGAAUCAGAAAGGAAGGCAAAAAUUUAUUAAAAAACGUAAUCACACAAAGUGAUCUUUGAUUGAUUAGUUUGAUUGACAGGCGAAUUCAUGUGUGAACAUGAAGCCGUAAACAGUGGAUGCGCAAAAGUUAGAUCUUUACAGUAUCUUCAAACAUGGCAAUGAUAGUUUUAAUCUUUUUGUGUCAAGUUUUGUAAGCUUUAGCAUCAACGGUUUAAAAGAAAACGCCGAAAAUUUAAAUUACUACCCAAUUCUGAGAAGAAAAGUAUAGCUUUAUUUGUUUCUGUCAACUCACCGUGAAUGAGAAAGUUUUCUUUGUCGCUUCUUGCAAAUCCUGUCAACAGCGGCUAUGAUCAAGGUGAGUGUUGUUUAUCUCCAGUGUUCUUUGCCUUGUUGACUUGCUGGCACGUACAAUUUUCAAAAAUAUUUGCCUUCCUCUUUUCUCCAUAAAUUAACUUCUAUUUAUAGGCAAAAUUGGUCUUGCAAGAAAAUCCCGAAAUCACAAAACAGUGACAAAGCGACCUCGUUUUCCUCUGUAGUGGUAAGCAUAGCUUCAAGCGUACAAAAAGUCAGCUACAGUAAACCACUUCACAAUAAAUCACGCUGUUUGAACACCAUGAAGUCUUUUCUUGCCUUCAAAGUCAUCAGCACUUGGAUAUUCGUGUAUUUUCAAAAAGGCUUUACUAUGAAACUUUGGCAAAACACCCAGUUCACGACAGCGAUAUUGUUCUAAUUUUUUUCUCCACCUAGCGUGGUGAAUAUAACGUCAUAGUCCGAGAUAGCUCACCAAUCAGAUUGCUUGAAUUACCAAGAUCACUUAGUGUGUAUAUACUAAAAGUGUAUAUUAUAUUAUUAUUAUUAUUAUUAUAAUCAUAACUAUAACAAAAUUGUCAAAUCUGAUUGGCUAUCAACUGCCCUGAUUUCUGCCUUAAUUGGACAGUUUAAUAGGACAGUACGCGUCAUGCCUAAGUAAUUGGACAGUACGCGCCAUCAUGUGCGCGCUUAAAUGGCUUUUUUUUCCACUGCUAGCAAAACAAAAUUUCGGAUUUCUUGUGUUUUGAUUUAAAAAAUUACCUAUUAUGUCACAAAUUUUGUUAAAGUUAUGAUUAAUUGGUAACAGAACUUCGUGUCAUCCAAUUCGGUCUGUAAUCAUACUCAUGAUUAAAUAAAUCGGACUCCCGCUACGCGGUCGUCCGAUUUUGUUAAUCACUCGUAUGAUUACAGAUCGAAUUGGACUCCACUCAGUCCUGUUACCAUUACUUAUUAUUAUUAUUAUUAUUAUUAUUAUUAUUAUUAUUAUUAUUAUUAUUAUUAUUAUUAUUAUUAUUAUUAUUAACUCAACAAGCACCCAACACCAAAGGCACAGCCACAAAGAACCAAUCAGUGUGGAAAAUUUACCAAACCUGUUACUUACCAAAGGGAGGGUGGAGAGAGAGAAAAAAGCUUGGAGAUGUAGCAAGCUAAAUGACCUUACUCUUAGGCCAGCAAGCAAGCAAAAGCAAAUGCAAACCACAAGGAGCCUCACUGCAGAGUGGUCAAAGGUCAUGUUUGAGCCAUGUAGAGGGGUGAUUGCUGACUGACAUUGUCUUGAGUGUAACCUUUUACUAUAAGUAAUGCGUUUUUUUAAAGUUGUUAUUCAAGCACAUAAUAAUUCAAUUCUUUUCUUUAGUGUUCUGAAUUAGUAAUUAAUACAUAUACAUGGUAUCUGAAUGUUUUAGUAGGCAGAUUAAUACCAGUGACAUUAUACAUCUUUUUGGUACACUGCAUAUCUAUAAUAAUUAAUUAAAAUUUAAAAUUUAAAAUUACAAACAAUUUUUUAGGAACUUAUUUACAAAUAUAAAAGAUAAAAUGACUCUACCAGUGACAUUAAUGUGACCAGAUCUUUGUGGGUGUAUUACUAGCCCUCCAAUGUAUCUACAGGUAUCUCAGGAGGGGUUCUCUGAUCAUAUGAUAGUGACAGAGAUGGUGAGAGAGGGACCAUAAUUUGUGGAUUGAAAAAUUUUGAAUCUGAGACCUUUCUUUGAGGUAGAAAUUAUUUGAGUGAAAGAAUUAAUUUUAGGCGAAUGCUAUGAAUGCAAACUCUGUGUGAACUUUUCUCAUUGUUCUGUCUUUGUAGUGGGGUUGGGGUGGGGGUUGUGAUAAGGUGAUACAUGGUCUGGUUUGAAAUUGAUAGGCCUUUUGUGAGCUUAGUCAUCCCUGCUUGACACCACGGUGUGCCUACUCAGAGUGUUCUAAAAUUUAGAAGAAGUCUGUGGAGAUAGGUAUGGAUUGGAAUUUUUGUGGCUAAAAUAUGGUGGUCAACAUAUAGUUUUUACUCGAUUAAGCUAAAAAAUGUUUCCUUACCUUUAUUGCUGUAUACUGCUUUCUCUUGCUUGGAAAUAGUGAUGUUUAGUAAGUUGAAGGAUUCUGCGCUUAGUCCAACAAAAAACCCUGGUCAGUUCUCAAACUUGCUGCUUUUAGAAGCAAGAAAAACAGUCCACAACAUUUCAGGAGAUCAGAUUGUCUUUACUUUUCUGCUUACAAGUGAAUAUUUAUCAGAGCAAUUGCAACCUGAUGAUAUUCCCAUACAUUUUUCAAUGUAGAUUUUUUAAUGCAUUUUUUAAAGAACAUAAUUAUGGUGACACAGUUUGUGUGGUUUUCUUUUGGUACUGGGGAGACAGAGGUGUGAAGAAGCUCCCUUAAGUCCUUUUCAGUUAACCACGCCCUAUUAAGCUCAAACUCCUGGGGCUUUCAAAAGAGCAAACAAAGGGGAGGGGAACAUGCUAAAUGUAUCCCAAUCUAAUGUCAAAUUCUCCCUUUGAUUCACAAGCUUAGUAAGGCAAAUUGAAGGGGGAAUUCCACAGUUAAUCAGAAAUCACUCUGUGCUUAGUUGGCGGCCGUCCUCAAACAAUCAACUAGUUUAUAAGGGUGCUCCACGCUGUCACUAGUACAUGUAUGUGUCAAUAACUUAAUGGUAAUAAUAACUUAUGCAUUGGAUGAGGUAAUUUAUUUCUGGAAGAAUCAACCUCAGCCUCUGUUGUUGUCCUAGACUGAUAACACUUACCACAACAUUGAUUGUCCUGUAUAUGACAAAAACCAAAUUUAAAGAUUGCUCAAUCAUACAUUGUUUUGAGCUAACAACAAAUUACACACUGUUGCACGGAACAAAGUUUGAACUUGCUCUUGGAAAUCACAUAACAUGCGUCCUACCUACAGAUUAGUUGGUAUUAUCUACUAGCAGAUAAGUAACUUAUUUGAAGGUUGUGCUUAUUUCCAAAAUUAACUGUACCCUCUUAGCCAAUGAGAAGGCGGAUAGUGAGUACAAUGUAAAGUAAUAUUUAUUGUAUUGAUCAAGCUUAAAUACUAAUUUUUCUUUUUUGCAACUACAGAUUGCCAGGAAAAAUGCCCUUAUUACACAUGCUCACAUUAAUGGUAUAAAUGGUGCUAUAAUGCAAGCAAUGGCAGUGCAUACAGCACUGUGUAUUGAACCUCCAAAUCUUGAACCCAGCAGCUUUAUUGAUCAGCUCACUGAAGUGGCAGAAAAACUAGAACAGUCAGCUACUGAAGAAAGGUAAGGAUCUGUUUCCAAACAACAACAACAACAAACGUUGUUAAUAAACAGAUAAUAUUACAGAAGCAUUGCCCGCAGCUAGCAAAGCUUUUUUGGGUGGGACAGUGCGUACAAAGUACGAAAUUAAGACUGAUGCUAAUGAAGGAAAGUUUACAGUUUACAAAUAAAUGAAAUAAAAAUCGUAAUAUGGAUGAGGACUAGAUAACACAAUAAAAAAGAAAGAAUUAAACAAACAAAUUCUAAAAGUAGCAACUAAUAAUCAAGAAUUUAUUUUUCAACACUUUUGGCUAAUUUUACCUUAAUUUGUAAUUAAGGUGGGCGUAUCAAUACAGUCAUCGUCUGAAUUCAAAAUACCAAAAAGUAAUUGGCGAAGAGUUUUUUAAAAUUUAUUCUUGGGGAAAUGUCGGAAGUGACAGGGUAUCUUAUUCCACAGCUUAGCCCAAAGCUAGUAUUACAUGUACCCCACUAAAACCAAGAGGAAACACCAUUUAGGCUCUCAACUACUACUGGGGGCUCUUCCACUUUAAAGGAUUGUAUGUCACACUAACUUUUUAGAAAGCUAAAACGUUUUUCGUAUCAAUUGAAUUCCAAAAAUAAUGGUCCAGUGUUGUUAUUUAAGACCAUAGUUAGGCACUGAAACUGUUUCCUGUCAUCUGUUUUAAUGGAUGGAAGUGGAUUGAAACUUGGAAAAAAGUUGGGCCAACCUUUUUUAGUUUCAAUCGUAGAGACUACAAGCAGUCUCUCUUUUUUCUUAGCCCGUCGAGCGAAACGCGCGAGACACGAAAAUGACCACGCGUGUGACUGAAGGCACGAGUAUUUUCUUCUCGGGCUGCCUCCCUCGCUUCUAGCACCGUUCGAUGCUCGCGCGCGCAUGCAGUCCCCUUCCCCUAAAUCUGAAGAAAAAGAGCCAGACUGCUUGAAGUCUACCAUGUUAUGCCUGCAAAGAUCGCCAAAUCAAUUAUUAUGGUUAGUGGCCCCCUGAUGAAAUUUGUCUGAUAUCACCUUUGUAGCUCCAGACCACAGGAGCAUUUUGUCCAUAGGAAAAGGCACUCCAGUAAUGACAUCAGUACAAAAGUGUCCUAAAACAUCAACAUUUGUGACAUAGCUCCUUUAAAGAUGAUUGGCUGAAGUUCCCCUUCAACAAUUUUGAAAACACCCUCCAAGUCUAUUCAAUCUCUCAGAGAUACCAGUGAUUGGUACCUCUUAAAAAGUUAUUUUUUAGCGCCCAGGUAAGUGUGAUACCAAUCCAGAAUUUUACCCCCCCCCCCAUAAGGUACAACGAUUGUUGCUGCUGGGUUGAAUCUAAUUUGAAAUAAUUGUUAUUUUUUGUUAAGCCUGUCGACUUUCAAUGAUUCAAAUCAUUAUUUCUUUUGCUAGUGACCGAAAAGUUAGUUCUUCAACAACCACUUUCUCAUAUGUCAAGAAAAUCAAAGAAAUGAAAGAAUUGCUCGGUAAAGGCGAAGCACUGGAACCAGAGACUGUGGUACAUACGUUCGGUAAUGGAAUAAAAGCACAGGAAGCCGUUCCCGCCGCAAUAUUUGCAUUCCUUCACAAAGGCAAAGUAUCAUUCGAGGAAUCCAUAAACUAUGCUAUAUCCUUAGGGGGCGAUACAGACACAAUCGCCAGCAUGACAGGGGCGAUCAGUGGGGCAUACUGGGGACUGGAGACGAUUCCUUCAUUGUGGCAAGAAAAAUGUGAGGCUGUAGAUGAAGCUAUUGUGUACGCAGACAAAAUCUACGAACUGCAACAAGCAAGAAAUGAAACUAAUACUAAGGAAAUGUGAUGAGGAAGAAAUGCUUUUUCAACGCUGUGCUACACUACCCUUCAGUAUAGCACUGGCCCUGUGAAAGAAUAGCCGUACUAGUACUAGUUGCACCAUUUUAUUUAGCUAGAUCCAGCUAUCCACUUCAGUCAGCAAGGAUUUCUUGAUUAGAUUAGUACCAUUGAUGGUGAAUGCGCAAUAUGCGUACCUUCGGAGGAAAACCUCAUAUCGCCUGAU